UUUGGGAAGAAUUCCAACUUCGACAAAUUUUUGUCGUAGAUCAAAAUGCUCCUAUCCUAGAGUAGUAUAUGUAGUUCCUAUUUUAGCAUAUUCCCGCACAUAUUUUCAGCAGGCUUUAUCUGGAUGCGUUCUUAAAAGUCGUCCAGCUGUAACACAUAUAAUGGCUGCUUUAUCGCUACCAACAAAGACAACUCCCAAAAGAGUGGCGGAUAGUGUCGGACUGAUAUAUUCUACCAUGAAGAAAUGGAUAUACCAAAAAGACGACACCAGAGAAUAUGGCUUGUACCAUGAUGAUUUGUACCGUGAUGGACAUGACGAUGUGCGGGAAGCGGUUCGUCGUCUGCCAGCGGAACUCUUUGACGCCCGCGCGCACCGGCUGCACCGCGCCAUUCAGCUUAGUCGCAACAAGAUAGUCCUUCCUGAACAGCUGUGGACGAAAUACGACGAUCCUGGUCAUCAUUACUUGACGCCGUACCUGAACGAAGUGAUAGCGGAAAAAGCCGAGCGUGCUGCAUGGAAUAAAAAAUGAAGAUAAGAAUGUGUUUGCUGUUUGCGUGUUUAAGUCAAAAUGAUUGUUUCGGCUUGUGUGCGAUUGUAAUGUUUUCCUCCAUAGCAAACCUGACAUAUGUUUCGUAGUACAAGAUUGCCUUCCGUUCUAUGGCUUGAAUCCUGUUAUCCUCUGAAUUAGAUGUCUUUAAUAACGUUUGUACAUACUGGGCUUAGCGAGGCCGUCAAAAAAGGACGAUUACAAACAUAAAAUAGCGCUAAAAAAGUACACAGCUGCACAGCGUGAC